AUGUCGACGACGCGGCGACUGAAGAGACUGUUGACGUCUACCGGGAUGCACUGCCAAUCGCUCGGCGUGGUACUUGAAAGCUUCACAGAAGUGUACAACAACAGCGGCGCAUUCAAGCUGCUGGACUCGCUGUAG